CAUGUGUGGUGACUCUUGAUUUUUUUCCCCCUUUGGAGAAGCGUCCUUUGCUUCAUUCCCCCUUCGGAGAAAUCACUUUAGACACUUCCAGCUGGUGGCAGGGGAUACAGCCAUAAUACGGGCUUCCUCUGUCCCAGCUGUCUUUUUAUUUUUUUUUCCUUUCACUACGGUAAAUGCAUUACAAUGGCUGUGCUUGCCUGGAAAGGUUCAGGUGGAGGAAGGUGUAGGAUGAAGUCUGGAAACCUGCGUUUGGGUUUUUAAAUUAUAUAUAUGUGUAUAUAUAUAUAUAAAAAGCUUCAGCUUCUCCAGCAUCUGUGCAUUUCGAAUGACUUCCUGCUUCUAGUGGAAGGUUCUCUCCAGUGAUUGGAAUGCUGCUUGCCAGCCUGAUCCAAGGUGCCUAGGAAGAUCACCUUGGACCAGGGAGGAUCUUUUUCAAUGCAUUAUGGCUCAUGCCGCCUCCCAAUUAAAGAAAAACAGGGAUUUAGAAGUCAAUGUAGAAGAAGAGGCUGAGAAGAAAAGGAAGCAUCGCAAACGGUCCCGGGAUCGGAAGAAAAAGUCUGAUGCCAACGCAAGUUACUUAAGAGCAGCUAGAGCUGGGCACCUCGAAAAGGCCCUUGACUACAUAAAAAAUGGAGUUGACAUCAACAUUUGCAAUCAGAAUGGCUUGAAUGCUCUCCAUCUUGCUUCCAAAGAAGGCCAUGUAGAAGUUGUAUCUGAACUGCUACAGAGAGAAGCCAACGUAGAUGCAGCUACAAAGAAAGGAAACACAGCUCUGCAUAUAGCAUCAUUGGCUGGACAAGCAGAAGUGGUAAAAGUCUUGGUUACAAAUGGAGCCAAUGUCAAUGCACAAUCUCAGAAUGGGUUUACCCCAUUAUAUAUGGCAGCCCAGGAAAACCAUCUGGAGGUGGUUAAGUUUCUUCUUGACAAUGGUGCAAGCCAAAGUCUAGCCACAGAGGAUGGCUUCACUCCUCUGGCAGUUGCCUUGCAACAAGGUCACGAUCAAGUGGUUUCACUUCUGCUUGAAAAUGACACUAAAGGCAAAGUGCGUCUUCCAGCUCUUCAUAUUGCUGCCAGAAAAGAUGACACGAAAGCUGCCGCCUUGCUGCUGCAAAACGACAACAAUGCAGAUAUAGAAUCAAAGAUGGUGGUGAAUAGGACAACAGAGAGUGGCUUCACUCCGCUCCAUAUAGCUGCUCAUUAUGGAAACAUCAAUGUAGCUACGUUGCUGUUAAACCGAGCAGCUGCUGUGGACUUCACUGCAAGGAAUGACAUUACACCUUUACACGUCGCCUCAAAAAGAGGAAAUGCCAAUAUGGUAAAACUAUUGCUUGAUCGAGGAGCUAAAAUUGAUGCCAAAACCAGGGAUGGGCUGACGCCUUUGCACUGCGGAGCCAGAAGUGGCCAUGAGCAGGUGGUGGAGAUGCUACUCGAUCGAUCUGCCCCCAUUCUUUCAAAGACCAAGAAUGGACUGUCUCCAUUGCACAUGGCCACACAAGGGGAUCACUUAAACUGUGUCCAGCUUCUCCUGCAGCAUAAUGUGCCCGUGGAUGAUGUCACCAAUGACUACCUGACCUCCCUGCACGUGGCUGCCCACUGUGGCCAUUACAAGGUCGCAAAGGUUCUCCUGGACAAGAAAGCGAAUCCCAAUGCCAAAGCCCUGAAUGGCUUUACCCCUCUUCAUAUUGCCUGCAAGAAGAAUCGAAUUAAAGUGAUGGAACUCCUUCUGAAGCAUGGCGCAUCCAUCCAAGCCGUAACCGAGUCGGGCCUUACCCCAAUCCAUGUUGCUGCCUUCAUGGGACAUGUAAAUAUUGUAUCACAACUAAUGCACCAUGGAGCCUCACCAAAUACCACCAAUGUGAGAGGAGAAACAGCCCUACACAUGGCAGCUCGUUCUGGCCAGGCAGAAGUUGUGCGAUAUUUAGUGCAAGAUGGCGCUCAGGUAGAAGCUAAAGCUAAGGAUGACCAAACCCCUCUCCACAUUUCUGCCCGACUGGGGAAGGCAGAUAUAGUCCAACAGUUGUUGCAGCAAGGGGCCUCUCCCAAUUCAGCCACCACAUCUGGAUACACCCCGCUGCAUCUCUCAGCCCGGGAGGGGCAUGAAGACGUAGCUGCUUUCCUCUUGGAUCAUGGCGCGUCCUUAUCUAUAACAACAAAGAAAGGAUUUACACCCCUUCAUGUGGCAGCAAAAUACGGGAAGCUUGAGGUGGCCAAUCUCCUGCUCCAGAAAAGUGCAUCUCCAGAUGCUUCUGGAAAGAGCGGACUAACUCCACUGCAUGUAGCUGCACAUUAUGAUAAUCAGAAAGUGGCCCUUCUGCUGUUGGACCAAGGAGCCUCACCUCACGCAGCUGCAAAGAAUGGUUAUACACCGCUGCACAUUGCUGCCAAAAAGAACCAGAUGGACAUAGCAACAACUCUGCUGGAAUAUGGUGCUGAUGCAAACGCGGUUACCCGGCAAGGCAUUGCUUCUGUCCAUCUUGCAGCUCAGGAAGGACACGUGGACAUGGUGUCGCUGCUUCUCAGCAGAAAUGCAAAUGUGAACCUAAGUAAUAAGAAUGGUCUAACUCCACUCCAUUUGGCUGCUCAAGAAGACAGAGUGAAUGUGGCUGAAGUCCUUGUCAACCAGGGGGCCGAAGUGGAUGCCCAGACAAAGAUGGGGUACACACCACUACAUGUAGGCUGUCAUUAUGGAAAUAUCAAGAUUGUUAAUUUUCUGCUUCGGCAUUCUGCAAAAGUGAAUGCCAAAACAAAGAAUGGAUAUACACCGUUACACCAAGCAGCCCAACAAGGACACACACAUAUCAUCAAUGUUUUGCUUCAGAACAACGCCUCCCCCAAUGAACUCACUGUGAACGGAAACACUGCCCUGGCCAUUGCCCGGCGCCUUGGCUACAUCUCAGUGGUCGAUACCCUAAAGGUUGUGACUGAAGAGAUCAUGACCACGACUACUGUCACCGAGAAGCACAAAAUGAAUGUUCCAGAAACGAUGAAUGAAGUUCUUGAUAUGUCUGAUGACGAAGUGCGUAAAGCCAACACCCCUGAAAUACUCAGUGAUGGUGAAUAUCUCUCAGAUGGUGAAGAAGGUGAAGAUGCAAUGACAGGAGACACGGACAAGUAUCUUGGGCCACAGGAUCUUAAGGAAUUGGGAGAUGACUCGCUUCCAGCUGAGGGUUACAUGGGCUUUAGUAUGGGGGCCCGUUCUGCCAGCCUCCGCUCCUUCAGUUCGGAUAGGUCUUACACCUUGAACAGAAGCUCCUAUGCACGAGACAGUAUGAUGAUUGAAGAACUCCUCAUACCAUCCAAAGAGCAGCAUCUAACCUUCACAAGAGAAUUUGAUUCAGAUUCUCUUAGACAUUAUAGCUGGGCUGCAGACACCUUGGACAAUGUCAAUCUUGUAUCAAGUCCUGUUCAUUCCGGGUUUCUAGUUAGCUUCAUGGUGGAUGCCAGAGGAGGCUCCAUGAGAGGAAGCCGCCAUCAUGGAAUGAGAAUCAUCAUUCCACCACGAAAGUGCACGGCCCCCACCCGCAUCACCUGCCGUUUGGUAAAGAGACAUAAACUGGCCAACCCACCCCCUAUGGUGGAAGGAGAGGGAUUAGCCAGUAGACUGGUAGAAAUGGGUCCUGCAGGGGCCCAGUUUUUAGGUCCUGUCAUAGUGGAAAUCCCUCACUUUGGUUCUAUGAGAGGAAAAGAAAGAGAAUUUAUUGUUCUUCGAAGUGAAAAUGGUGAAACGUGGAAAGAACAUCAGUUUGACAAUAAAAACGAGGACUUAACCGAAUUACUUAAUGGCAUGGAUGAAGAGCUUGAUAGUCCAGAAGAAUUAGGGAGAAAGCGGAUCUGCAGGAUCAUCACUAAAGAUUUCCCCCAGUAUUUCGCAGUAGUUUCACGGAUAAAGCAAGAAAGCAACCAGAUUGGCCCUGAAGGUGGAAUUCUCAGUAGCACCACGGUGCCCCUUGUCCAGGCCUCUUUCCCAGAGGGUGCUUUAACUAAAAGAAUUCGAGUGGGCCUCCAGGCCCAACCUGUUCCAGAUGAAAUUGUGAAAAAGAUCCUUGGAAACAAAGCAACAUUUAGUCCAAUUGUCACAGUGGAACCAAGGAGAAGGAAAUUCCAUAAGCCAAUCACGAUGACCAUUCCUGUACCCCCACCCUCAGGAGAAGGGGUCUCCAAUGGGUACAAGGGGGAUACCACACCCAAUCUACGCCUUCUCUGUAGUAUAACAGGGGGUACCUCACCUGCCCAAUGGGAAGACAUCACAGGAACUACUCCUUUGACCUUUAUAAAGGAUUGUGUCUCUUUUACAACCAAUGUUUCAGCCAGAUUUUGGCUCGCAGACUGCCAUCAAGUUUUAGAAACGGUGGGGUUAGCCACACAACUUUACAGAGAAUUAAUAUGUGUCCCAUACAUGGCCAAGUUUGUUGUUUUUGCCAAAAUGAACGAUCCGGUAGAAUCUUCCCUGCGGUGUUUCUGCAUGACAGACGACAAGGUGGACAAAACUUUGGAGCAACAAGAGAAUUUUGAGGAAGUUGCAAGAAGCAAAGAUAUUGAGGUUCUGGAAGGAAAACCUAUUUAUGUUGAUUGUUAUGGAAAUUUGGCUCCACUUGCCAAAGGCGGACACCAACUUGUUUUUAACUUUUAUGCUUUCAAAGAAAACAGACUGCCAUUUUCCAUCAAGAUUAGAGACACCAGCCAAGAACCUUGUGGUCGUUUGUCCUUUCUGAAAGAACCAAAGACGACAAAAGGACUGCCUCAAACAGCUGUUUGCAACUUAAAUAUCACGCUGCCAGCACAUAAAAAGGAGACAGAGUCAGAUCAAGAUGAUGAGAUCGAGAAAACAGACAGACGACAGAGCUUUGCGUCUUUAGCUUUACGUAAGCGCUACAGCUACUUGACUGAGCCUGGAAUGAAAACAGUUGAACGAAGUGCAGGAGCAGCAAGAUCCCUCCCCACCACUUACUCAUACAAGCCAUUCUUUUCUACUACAAGACCAUACCAGUCCUGGACAACACCUCCGAUGACAGUGCCCGGGCCAGCCAAGUCAGGCUUCACUUCCUUAUCAAGUUCUUCCUCUAAUACGCCAUCAGCGUCGCCAUUAAAAUCAAUAUGGUCGGUUUCAACGCCUUCUCCAAUCAAAUCCACUCUAGGUGCAUCAACCGCAUCCUCAGUUAAGUCUGUUAGUGAUGUGGCAUCGCCGGUCAGAUCCUUUCGGACAAUUGCUUCGCCAAUAAAAACAGUGGUGUCACAGUCUCCCUACAAUAUCCAAGUCUCCUCGGGUACCCUGGUUAGAGCUCCCACCAUCACAGAGGCCUCGCCUUUAAAAGGGCUGGCAUCCAAUUCUACGUUUUCCACUCGAACCUCUCCUGUGACUACUGCCGGGUCUCUUUUGGAGAGGUCGUCCAUUACUAUGACACCUCCUGCCUCCCCCAAAUCUAACAUCAAUAUGUAUUCCUCAAGUUUGCCAUUUAAAUCGAUCAUUACAUCAGCAGCCCCGCUAAUAUCCUCGCCUUUAAAAUCAGUGAUGUCUCCGGCCAAGUCAGCAGUUGAUGUGGUCUCCUCAGCUAAAGUGACAAUGGCUUCUUCUCUCUCGUCCCCAGUGAAACAGAUGCCUGGACAUGCAGAGGUAGCUUUAGUCAAUGGAUCUAUUUCUCCUCUGAAAUACCCAUCCUCUUCGGCAUUAAUUAAUGGAUGCAAAGCCACUGCCACGUUACAAGAAAAAAUUUCUAUAGCUACAAACUCUGUGAGCUCUGUCGUGAGCGCGGCCACUGACACGGUUGACAAAGUGUUUUCUACCACCACAACAACGCCAUUUUCUCCACUCAGGUCCUACGUUUCUUCAGCACCAUCAGCUUACCCGUCUCUAAGAACUCCUUCCGCAAGUGCACUCUACACAUCCCUUGGGUCUUCUCUCUCUGCAACUACCUCAUCUGUAACUUCAUCGAUAAUAACAGUGCCAGUCUACUCUGUAGUCAAUGUUUUGCCAGAACCAGCAUUAAAGAAACUUCCAGACUCUAAUUCACUUACAAAAUCAGCGGCAGCCUUGCUGUCUCCCAUUAAAACAUUGACUACGGAGUCACGUCCUCAGCCCCAUUUCCCUCGAACUUCCUCUCCAGUGAAGUCAUCUCUGUUCCUCGCACCCUCAGCCCUUAAGUUGUCGACACCAUCUUCUUUAUCUUCCAGUCAAGAGAUCUUAAAAGAUGUUGCUGAGAUGAAAGAGGACCUCAUGCGAAUGACUGCAAUACUUCAGACAGAUGUUCCUGAGGAGAAGCCAUUCCAACCUGACCUUCCCAAAGAAGGGAGAAUUGAUGAUGAGGAACCCUUCAAAAUUGUUGAGAAAGUCAAGGAAGACUUGGUGAAAGUCAGCGAAAUCCUUAAAAAAGAUGUGUGUGUUGAAAAUAAAGGACCACCCAAAUCACCACAGAAUGACAAAGGACACUCUCCGGAAGAUGACUGGAUCGAAUUUAGUUCCGAAGAAAUUAGAGAAGCGAGGCAACAGGCUGCUGCCAGUCAUUCUCCAUCUCUGCCUGAGAGAGUCCACAUCAAGGCCAAAGCUGCCUCUGAAAAGGAUUAUAAUCUGACCAAAGUUAUUGAUUAUCUCACAAACGAUAUCGGGAGUAGUUCGCUGACAAACCUCAAGUACAAGUUUGAAGACGCCAAGAAGGAUGGCGAAGAGAGACAGAAAAGAAUUUUAAAACCAGCAAUUGCGUUGCAAGAACACAAACUCAAAAUGCCUCCAGCCUCCAUGAGGCCUUCCACCUCUGAGAAAGAGUUGUGUAAAAUGGCAGAUUCCUUUUUUGGAACAGAUACGAUUUUAGAGUCCCCAGAUGACUUUUCUCAGCAUGACCAAGACAAAAGUCCCUUAUCUGAUAGUGGCUUUGAAACCAGAAGUGAGAAAACACCAUCAGCCCCCCAAAGCGCUGAAAGCACUGGUCCUAAACCCCUGUUUCACGAAGUCCCCAUCCCUCCUGUCAUCACAGAAACAAGAACAGAAGUGGUUCAUGUGAUCAGGAGCUAUGAACCCUCAGCUGGUGAGGCACCACCACCCCAACCAGAGGAACCAGUGUCACCCAAACCUUCACCAACGUUCAUGGAAGUAGAACCAAAGCCCACCACUUCUAGUAUUCGAGAGAAAGUCAAAGCUUUCCAGAUGAAAGCCAGCAGCGAGGAAGAUGACCACAGUCGCGUUCUGAGCAAAGGCAUGCGUGUCAAAGAAGAGACUCACAUAACCACGACCACCAGAAUGGUUUAUCAUUCUCCUCCAGGCGAAGGGGCCUCUGAAAGAAUUGAAGAAACCAUGUCAGUUCAUGAUAUUAUGAAGGCCUUUCAGUCCGGGCGGGACCCCUCCAAGGAGCUGGCAGGUCUGUUUGAACAUAAGUCGGCAGUUCCUCCAGAGGUUCCCAAGUCUGCUGCUGACACCUCAGCCCAGCAAGCAGAGAAGGACCACCAAAUGAAACCCAAACUGGAGCGUAUAAUAGAAGUCCACAUCGAAAAAGGUAACCAAGCUGAGCCCACUGAAGUCAUUAUUAGAGAAACCAAAAAGCAUCCAGACAAAGAAAUGUAUGUGUAUCAGAAAGACUUAUCCCGGGGAGAUAUUAACCUAAAAGAGUUUCUGCCAGAAAAGCAGGAUGCUUUUCCUUGUUCAGAGGAACAGGGUCAGCAAGAAGAAGAAGAACUGACUGCUGAAGAGUCACUUCCUUCUUAUCUGGAGUCUUCCAGAGUAAACACUCCUGUGUCCCAAGAAGAAGAUAGUCGCCCUAGUUCAGCUCAACUCAUUUCUGAUGACUCUUAUAAAACACUGAAGCUUUUGAGUCAACACUCGAUAGAGUACCAUGACGAUGAGUUGUCAGAACUAAGAGGGGAGUCUUACAGGUUUGCUGAGAAAAUGCUCCUGUCAGAAAAGCUAGAUGUGUCUCAUUCCGAUACUGAGGAAUCGGUUACAGACCAUGCAGGACCCCCUAGCUCAGAGUUACAGGGGUCUGAUAAGCGGUCCAGAGAAAAAGUAGUCACUGCCCCCAAAAGAGAAAUGCUCUCCAAAAUCUAUAAAGAUGUGUCUGAAAAUGGUGUAGGUAAAAUGUCUAAGGAUGAGCAUUUUGAUAAAGUGACAGUCUUGCACUAUGCUGGCGAUGUUGGUAGCCCCAAACAUGCCAUGUGGAUGCGCUUUACUGAGGACAGAUUAGACAGAGGUAGAGAGAAGUUGAUUUACGAAGACAGGGUGGACAGGACUGUGAAGGAAGCCGAAGAAAAACUGACCGAAGUGUCACAGUUUUUUCGUGACAAAACAGAAAAGCUAAACGAUGAACUGCAGUCCCCAGAGAAAAAGCCACGUGCCAGGAAUGGCAAAGAACAUUCUUCUCAAAGUUCUACCAGUAGCAGCCCCGAGAAGGUCCUGCUGACGGAAUUGCUGGCAUCCAACGAUGAGUGGGUUAAGGCCAGGCAGCAUGGUCGUGAUGGACAAGGCUUCCCCAAAGCUGACGAGAGGAAAGCUUCUAGUCUGCCCAGCAGCCCAGAGAAAAAGAUCCUUUCCCAACAGACUGAGGACAGGAAGUCCACGGAGGAAGUCAAAGGAAGUACAGCACAGAGCAAAGCAGCAGAAGGCCCCCAGUCUGGGUUUCAGCUCAAACAAUCUAAGCUCAGUUCCAUUAGAUUAAAAUUUGAACAAGGCGCACAGGCAAAAAGUAAGGACAUACCUCAAGAAGACAAAAAGCCAGAUGGCCAAUCCAGGAUCCCAGUUAAAAAAAUCCAGGAGAGUAAGCUACCUAUCUACCAAGUUUUUGCUAGAGAAAAACAGCAGAAGGCUGUAGAUGAAAGCAUGUCUGUACAAAAAGAUUUUUUGGGAUUAAAAGCUAAAGAUGAACGGGCCCCAAGCAAUGAAAUUGUUGUAAAUGAUGCUGGCUCUGAUGCUGUGAAAAAACCGAGAACUGAAAUGUCAAGUAAAGUAAUGCCUGAUUAUCUUUCUGAGCCACAGGCUAAAGACUUGGCAUGUCAUGUAACCUCGGAUGUAGCAAAUAAGGGAGCAUGGGACAAAAAGGUUUUUAGAACAUGGGAAAGUUUUGGAGCCACUAACAAUAAGUCGCAGAAAGAAAAACUUUCUCAUGUACUGGUGCAUGAUGUAAAAGAGAAUCACAUUGGUCGUCCUGAGAGUAAGCUUGUUGAUCAAAGGAAUGAGUUUAUGUCUGUGACUGAGAGAGAAAACAAAUUGUUAACCAAUGGCUCUCUCUCAGAAAUUAAGGAAAUGACUGUAAAAUCUCCUUCUAAAAAAGUCUUAUACAGGGAAUAUGUUGUGAAAGAGGGGGAAUGUCCAGGUGGCUCACUCGAUCAACCUUCCAGGAGGAAUGACAGCACAGCUGGGUCCCACAUCCCAGUCAGAGUGGCAGAGGAAAGAACAUUGUCUUCAAGCAUCACCGAUGGCUUUCCAGAGCAACCACCCUUUCCAAAUCGUGAACGCUCCCAAAAGUUAUCCCAGUCGAGUCUGAGUCAAGAGACAGUUGAGACGCAACACUUAAACUCCAUAGAAGAUGAAAAAGUUACCUACUCAGAAAUUAGCAAAGUUUCCAAAUAUCAGAAUUUUGUAGGCCUGUGCCCACCUCGAGAUGAAACCGAAUCCUCUCCUACCAAAUCUCCUGAUUCCUUAGACUUUAGCCCAGGAAAAGAGUCCCCCUCUAGUGAUGUGUUCGAACACAGUCCCAUGGACGGAUUGGAAAAAGUGGCACCACUAGCUCAGUCAGAAGGAGGGAAAGAAAUCAAAACUUUACCGGUUUAUGUCAGUUUUGUACAAGUGGGAAAGCAGUAUGAGAAGGAGAUCCAACAAGGAAGUGUAAAAAAAAUCAUAAGUCAGGAAUGUAAGACAGUACAAGAGACCAGGGGAACUUUCUAUACAAGUAGACAGCAAAAACAACCUCCUUCUCCCCAGGGGAGUCCUGAGGAUGAUACACUAGAGCAAGUCUCUUUUCUAGAUAGCUCUGGGAAAAGUCCUCUAACCCCAGAAACACCCAGUUCAGAGGAAGUGAGUUAUGAAUUUACGUCUAAGACACCUGACUCACUCAUAGCUUAUAUACCAGGAAAACCCAGCCCAAUUCCUGAGGUUUCCGAGGAAUCUGAGGAGGAAGAGCAGGCUAAGUCGGCCUCCUUGAAGCAGACGACAGUGGAGGAAACCACAGUAAAGCAUGAAAUGCCCAACAAUGUGAGCAAGGACUCGAACCAGAGACCUAAAAGUAACAGAGUUGCCUAUAUUGAAUUUCCCCCUCCGCCACCCCUGGAUCCAGAUCAGAUGGACUCAGAUAAGAAACACCAUUAUCUCCAGGAAAGAGAAGUGGAUAUGAUCGAAGUUAAUCUGCAAGACGAGCAUGACAAGUAUCAGUUGGCUGAACCGGUCAUCAGAGUUCAGCCACCUUCACCAGUUCCUCCUGGAGCGGAUAUCAGUGAUUCUAGUGACGAUGAAUCUAUUUAUCAACCGGUGCCAGUUAAAAAAUAUACCUUCAAGUUAAAGGAAGAUGAGGAGCACAAAGAAAUACCCAAAUCCAAAGCUCCUGCUGAAAAGAUUUCCAACCAGAAAGAAGUAGAAAAGAAUGGAUCAGGAAAAGAUCAUGAGGUUGGCCUUGGCCUUGAUUCACCUCAGAAUGAACCAACCCAGAAUGGGAACAAUGACCAGUCCAUCACAGAGUGCUCCAUUGCUACCACAGCAGAGUUUUCUCAUGACACAGAUGCCACGGAGAUUGACUCCUUGGAUGGCUAUGACCUGCAAGAUGAAGACGAUGGUUUGACAGAGAGUGACUCAAAACUCCCCAGUCAAACCAUGGAACUCAAGAAAGAUGUCUGGAACACAGAGGGCAUUCUAAAGCCAGCUGAUCGUUCUUUUAGCCAAAGUAAGCUUGAAGUUAUCGAGGAGGAAGGAAGGGUGGGACCAGAUGAAGAAAAACCACCUUCGAAAAGUGCUUCAUCUGAAAAGACUAUUGAUAAGACUGAGCAGAAGUCAGGGGCCCAGUUUUUCACCUUGGAAGGCAGACAUCCCGACAGAUCGGUGUUUCCUGACACUUACUUCAGUUACAAAGUCGAUGAAGAAUUUGCCACUCCUUUCAAAACAGUAGCUACCAAAGGUCUAGAUUUUGACCCUUGGUCAAGUAACCGAGGGGAUGAUGACGUUUUUGACAGUAAAUCUCGGGAGGAUGAAACCAAGCCCUUUGGUCUGGCAGUGGAAGACCGCUCUCCAGCUACAACCCCCGAUACAACGCCAGCCCGAACGCCAACCGAUGAAAGUACCCCAACUAGUGAGCCUAACCCCUUCCCAUUUCAUGAAGGAAAAAUGUUUGAGAUGACUCGCAGUGGUGCAAUUGACAUGAGCAAGAGGGAUUUUGUGGAAGAGAGGCUCCAAUUUUUUCAGAUUGGUGAGCAUACUUCUGAAGGGAAGUCAGGGGACCAGGGGGAAGGGGAUAAAAGUAUGGUCACUGCCACACCACAGCCACAGUCAGGGGACACCACUGUAGAAACCAAUCUAGAGAGGAAUGUAGAGGCACCUACAGUCGAACCUAACCCCAGCAUCCCAACCAGCGGAGAGAGUCAGGAAGGAACCUCCAGUAGCGGCUCUCAGGAGAAGCCAUCAGCCGCCACUAACACCUCUAAAGUUGACCCCAAAUUGCGCACGCCUAUAAAAAUGGGAAUCUCUGCAUCCACCAUGACCAUGAAGAAAGAAGGCCCUGGCGAAGUAACAGAUAAGAUAGAAGCUGUGAUGACCAGUUGUCAGGGAGUAGAGAAUGAAACGCUAACCAUGAUUGCAAACACAGCCAAUAGCCAGGUGGGCAUUAGGCCCCAGGAAACACACGAUUUUCAAAGAGAUAACUUUAAUAACAACAACAAUUUGGAUCCUUCCACCAUACAGACAGAUAACAUUACAAGUAAUGUAGUCCUGACAGAACAUUCUGCACCCACUCGUGCCACAGAGAAAGCUAAUCCAGUGAGAAGCUCCUCAGGAAAAACAGGGGUACCACAAGGACACUAUCCAAGAGAUAAGCAGAAAGUUUUUGGAGAGCAGCCAAAGACUAAGGAAGCCAUAGGGAGUAGGCGAAAAUCCAAACUUCCCAUAAAGGCCAUUUCACCAAAAGAUACCCUUUCUCCAAAUCACAUGUCCAACAUGAAAGUGAGUAAAAUGAAGCAGGUUAGUCAAUCCGAGAAAGCCAAAACCCUGUCUACGUCACGCGUAGAGGUGAAGUCUAGAAUUCCCAUCAAAAACACACACAGGGAUCCCAUGCUAUCAGGGAGAAAAACAUGUGUCACACAAAAGCCAGGGCAGCCAGAGAGAGGCAGAGCCAAGCAAGUUCCCUCCAAGUUGCCAGUAAAGGUAAGAUCCACCUGUGUCACCUCCACCACCACCACCACCACCACCACCACCACUUCUACCACCAGCACAGUGAAAGUUAGAAAAAGUCAGCUUAAAGAAGUAUGUAAACAUUCCAUUGAAUAUUUUAAGGGAAUUAGUGGUGAGACCUUAAAGCUUGUGGAGCGCUUCUCUGAAGAAGACAGAAAGAUGCAGUCGGAGUUGUCUGAUGAGGAAGACAGUACCUCCAGAAACACGUCGGUGUCCGAGACUUCCCGGGGUGGCCAGCCUUCAGUUACCACGAAGUCUGCUAGAGAUAAGAAAACAGAGGCAGCAUCCAUAAAAUCAAAGAGUGAAAAGGCCGGCAGUGAGAGAAGGAGCAGUAGGAGGACUGGUCCACAGAGUCCGUGUGAGCGAACAGAUAUCAGGAUGGCAAUAGUAGCUGAUCACCUGGGACUGAGUUGGACAGAACUGGCAAGGGAGCUAAAUUUUUCUGUGGAUGAAAUCAACCAAAUACGUGUGGAAAAUCCAAAUUCUUUAAUUUCUCAGAGCUUCAUGUUAUUAAAAAAGUGGGUUACCAGAGACGGAAAAAAUGCUACAACUGAUGCCUUAACUUCGGUCUUGACAAAAAUUAACCGAAUAGACAUAGUGACUCUGCUAGAAGGACCAAUAUUUGACUAUGGAAAUAUUUCUGGCACCAGAAGUUUUGCAGAUGAGAACAAUGUUUUCCAUGAUUCUGUUGAUGGUUGGCAGAACGAGACGUCAAGUGGAAACCCCGAGUCCCCCACUCAAGUUCGAAGACUAACUGGUGGGUUGCUAGAUCUACUGGAUGACAGCCCUGACCAGUGUAGAGAUCCCAUUACUUCAUAUCUCAAAGGAGAACCUGGAAAAUUUGAAGCCAAUGGAAGCCAUACAGAAGUCUCUCCAGACGCAAAGACGAAACCCUACUUUGCCGAAUCCCCAAAUGACAUAGGGAAACAGAGCACGAAGGAAACUCUAAAACCAAAAUUACAUGGAUCGGGUCACAUUGAGGAGCAAGCGUCAUCGUCACUAACAGCCUAUCAAAAAUCUGCAGAAGAAACCAGCAAGUUUGUCAUCGAAGAGCCUAAACCCUGUGUGCCUGUCAGUAUGAAAAAAAUGAGUAGGACUUCUCCUGCAGAUGGCAAGCCAAGACUGAACCUCCAUGAAGAAGAGGGGUCCAGUGGGUCUGAACCUAAGCAGGGAGAAGGUUAUAAGGUGAAGACGAAGAAAGAAAUUAGGCAUGUGGAAAAGAAGAGCCACUCAUAACAGUAAACGGAACCCAUGCUUCUACUGCCAGUAUUGAGAAAUUCAUGAAGCAACUUCAGCAGAAAGUACUUCUUCAUGGAGAAGGGGGUGUGUGUUGCUGCUUCCACACAUUCACGGCAUGAUUUUUUUUUUUACGGAAAAAAAAAAAAAGAAAAAAAAAACAAGAAAAGAAAACCACUCACAUUUUCAUUUAAAGCAUGAGCCAAUUUACAGAGCAUGGAAAUUCACUUUCAUUCCCAGGAUUGGCGCGUGUGCAAUUAGCAAUGCAGUGUAUAUACAAGAAGCCAUGCUGUUCACAGUUUCUCUCAAGUAAUUUGGUGUCUUUGCAAAAGGAAGAACACUCCUGCCGCCAUAAGGGACAGAAGGAGAUGCCAUGUCAUGGAAGAACACUAAAAUUACUAAAUCCACAACAGCUCGCCUUAUUUUUCUUGGACCCAAACUGUCAGGGUAUAAUAAACACUAUUUGUUUCUUUUUUAAAACAUCUAUAGUUUUGCUGUAAAUAAUAACACUGUAUAAAUUCUAACAGAAAAAAAAAUAGAAUAAAUGUUGAGAAGGCCACUGCCUUUUAGACCACGACCCGAAUAUUGCAAAUGCAUUUAACAAGUGACUUCGACCUAGAAGAGGAAGAGGGGAGGGGUCUUCACUGAUUUCUUGUAUAUUAGCAAUUAUAAUGUUUGUAUAUGCAAAACGGCUAGCUUGAUUUUAAAAAGAAAUCUUUAAAAUCUGCUGCAAAUUUAAAUAAUUCCUAAGAGGAGGAAUUCUGUAGUUCUGUGAAAAAAAAAUUUUUUUUCUUCAGAAUACUAAUAUUUUGAUGCAUGGGUAACACCUUAUUUUGAUUAAAUCUUUUCCAAUUUUGCAAACACGACAGUAUAACCGCAACAGAAGAUUUUAUCUGUACACACGAAGCCCUUCAUCUAAUUGUUGCUAUUGCCAAUUUUUCAAUGAAAUUACUGAAAACAAAAAAAUAAAAACCCUAUACAGUAGUUGCUUUAGGGGGUGGGGGGUGCUCUUUGUUAGUGCUUAAAAAAAAGGGGGGUAAUGCUUGCCGCUUUAGAGGUGGAAGAUACUCAAAAGGCCCCACUUGGGGAUAUUUUAAAUGGACUGAACAAAUUAGCUAGUAGACUGGCAGCACGCUGUAAACUUAUUACUGUAUUGUGUACUGGCUAUAAGAUGUAAACACCUUUGAGUAAGCCAAUCAUUUGUAACCAAUUUACCAGUGUCAUAUUAGGUUAAUAAGGCUGCUGUGUUUUAAAGGGCAUUUUUAUUUGGGUUUUGGUGAAAUUCUUUAAUUUGUUGAUUCUAUUCAUAUCAAAAAAAUCCGCAUUCAUUGACACAUAGACCUAAUGACAUAUGUAUGAAAGAAACCAUACACUGGAUGACCUAGUCGAUUAUUUAAGCAUAAAAUAAAUUGUUAAACUCUUCACCU